UUUCCCGCUGGGAUUUCGGGAUCCAGGACGCGGCUCCGGGGCCGGGGGUUCCCCCCCCUUUUCUGCCACCCCGAGAUGAUUCAGGCUGCGGUCGGAGCCGGCACAGCCAAGCCGGCCGUGGCCCCGUUUCCCCGGCUGUAAAAAUGCGGCUAAUGACACGGGGCUGCUGUCCCAGGGGGGGUUUGGUGACACCCAGGGUGACUCAGAGCCCCCGGUGACGCGGGCAGGGGUGGCACAGGGGCAUUAACCCCACGCUGCCGCGCUUUGAAGGGUUCAGGUGUGUCACCUUUUCAUAUCCAGCGACAAUUCCUGCCCGGGCAGCCCCGGGCUGCCGAAUCACGGCCGAGGAUUCCAGGAGACGCCGGCACCGGGCUCUAAUAAAGCUUGGGGCCACCCUGCCCCCACCAAGUGCCACCAACAUGUGAGGAUGAGACCUGACCUCGCUUCCUGUCCCGUUAUCGAAAGAGCCACCACAGAGGGGACAAGUGACCACAGCAGCGAGUGACAGCCAGUGCCCAUGGCCGGGGACAGCGGGAUGGCCGGGAAGGUGGCGCUGCUCCUGUGGGCCCAGACCCUCGGCCUCGCUGGUGCCCAGACCCCCCAGCUCCUGGUGGAGCCCCCCUGGACGCCGGCGGUGCUGUGGGACCGGGUGACACUGACCUGCCAGGGCUCGGGGACCGCCGGUGACACCACCUGGUACAAGGACGGGCAGCGCUGGUGGAAGGAGAGAGGCAACAAACUUUCUGUCACCGGCACCGGGCUCAGCCCCCCCGUGACAGUCUCAGAUGACCUGCUGGUGCUGCAGGUGCCGGCGCGGGCGCUGCUGGAGGGGGACACGGUGACACUGCGCUGCCGGGGCUGGCAGAACAAUUCGGUCACCUCGGUGUCCUUCUACCGUGACGGGAAGGAAUUGGGGACGCUCAGGAUGGGACCGAGCUGUCCCUGUCCCCUCUGCAGCGGAACCACAGCGGCCGCUACCACUGCAGGGGCAUGGUGGAAUACUGGGGGUGGGAGCAGUCGGCAGCCGGUGACAGUGACAGUGCAGGUGCCCGUGGCCAAUGCCACCAUCACCCCCGGUCCCCCGGCACUCCCGGUGACACCACUGCUGGAGGUGACACCACAGGGAACCACUGGACACCUCUGGCUCACAGUGCUUGCAGGCGUCUUUGGGUCCCUGCUGUUCCUGGUCCUGCUCGCUGUGGCCGUUUGCUGUGGGUACCGCACGUCUGCCAGGAAGCUCCAGGGAAGGGCCCCCCCGCUGGAGGAUCCUCAGGCCACCUACAUGGAGCUGCGGGGGCCACACGGGCAACCUUGGGAACCCAGUGACAUCUAUGGCAAUCUACAGCAAAACCUCCAGGAAGCCCCAGGACAGGACCCCCCGCAGGAUGGGGCUGGGCUGGACCCCCACGUCGUGGGCACCGAGCGGGCAGGGGGGACCCCCCCAUCACCUCCCCCAGGUGAGCACGAGGAGCUGCCGGGACCCCACGGGCGACAGCGGGACCCCAAUGACAGCUACGAGAACAUUCUGUGACACUGGGGACACUGGGGACACUGGGGACACUGGGGACACUUGGAGACCCCACCCGAGGGCCCCCCCUGUGUGUCCCCCGCCAGGUUCCCGCACUGGGCUGCUGCCUUGGUCUCUUGUGCCCGGGCGCUGCCGGUGCUGGUGCCGGGAGCGAUUGGUGCAAAGCGUGAGUUUGCCAAAGGAGCGAUUUGCCCUGGUCCCUCCCGGCCGAGGCCGCCAUGGCCCCUGAGGGGUUGGAGCUGGCACCGGGGCGCCCCCUGCUGGCCGGGAGUGCUCCCUGCAGCGCCCCCUGCUGGCCGGGAGUGCUCCCUGCAGCGCCCCCUGCUGGCCGGGAGUGCUCCCUGCAGCGCCCCCUGCUGGCCGGGAGUGCUCCCUGCAGCGCCCCCUGCUGGCCGGAAGUGCUCCCUGCA